AUAAUCGCUGCUGUUCUUCUUCAUCUUCACCCCGAAAAAAGGAUUCUCCUAAAACCUAACAAUGGCUGCAAAAUCACUGCUUUUAUUCUCUCUAUCCCUCUUCCUCGCCCAAGCAUGGGCAGCCGACAUGUCAAUCAUCUCCUACGACGAGGAGAAGCUGAAUUUGAUGUACGAGUCGUGGACCGUGAAGCACGGCAAGUCGUACAAUGCCCUAGGCGAGAAGGAGAAGCGCUUCCAGAUUUUUAAGGAGAAUUUGAGGUACAUCGAGGAGCAGAACACCGUGGAGGGGCGGACCUACAAGCUAGGUCUCAAUCGCUUCGCCGAUCUGACCAAUCAGGAGUACCGGAGGAUGCAUCUCGGGACGAAGCGGCGUUCGGCGCUGCGGCUCGGCGCGACGAAGAGCGAUCGCUACGCCUUGAGGGAAGGUGAUUCCUUGCCGGAAUCCGUUGACUGGAGAACCAAGGGCGCGGUGGCGCCGGUGAAGGAUCAGGGCAGCUGUGGAAGUUGCUGGGCGUUCUCUACUAUUGCUGCUGUGGAAGGAAUCAACCAGAUCAAAACUGGAUCUUUGGUCUCUCUUUCCGAGCAAGAGCUAGUGGAUUGUGAUACGUCCUAUAACCAAGGGUGCAAUGGUGGUCUUAUGGAUUAUGCAUUCGAGUUUAUCAUAAAAAAUGGUGGCAUCGACUCUGAAGAGGAUUAUCCUUACACAGGAAGGGAUGGCAAAUGUGAUACUUACAGGAAAAACGCCAGAGUUGUAUCCAUUGAUGGUUAUGAAGACGUACCCGUAAAUGAUGAGAAGGCGCUGCAGAAGGCGGUUGCUAACCAACCAAUUAGCGUUGCCAUUGAAGCCGGUGGAAGGGACUUCCAGCUCUAUCAAUCAGGUAUAUUCACCGGAAAGUGUGGGACGAACUUGGACCACGGUGUGGUUGCCGUUGGAUAUGGCACUGAAAACGGUAAGGAUUAUUGGAUCGUAAGGAACUCAUGGGGUUCAAGCUGGGGAGAGGAGGGGUAUCUUAGGAUGGAGCGCAACAUUGCAGACAAGACUGGUCUUUGUGGAAUCGCUAUAGAGCCCUCGUACCCUACCAAGACAGGCGAAAACCCCCCUAACCCGGGUCCAUCUCCCCCAUCCCCCACCCCAAAACCCUCAGUCUGUGACGAGUACUAUGAAUGCCCUGAGAGCACGACUUGCUGCUGCAUCUAUUCGUAUGGCAAGUACUGCUUUGCAUGGGGAUGCUGCCCUCUCGAGGGCGCCACUUGCUGCGAGGACCACUACAGUUGCUGCCCCCAUGACUACCCCGUUUGCAACGUUCGCGCUGGUACCUGCUCAAUGAGCAAGGAAAACCCGAUCAGCGUGCAGGCGAUGAAACGCAUUCUCGCCAAACCCAUCUCCUUCAGUAGACAAGGCCUCAAGAGUGAUCUUUGAGAAAUUUGGCGAUUGAAAGAAGGCAAAGCUCCUCGUAUUGAAAUCAGAAGCUAUGGAAGGCUCUGGUUUGUAAAUUAUUCUCCAUUUGCUGCAGAUUUGAAACUCAAGAAACAAUGCAGAGGUUCUUAUGUAUAGUUGGGAUAUUUAUUUAUGAUUAAGAUGUAACAAUUGGGUGCUGUGAUCAGCAAUUUCGGCUUCGGAGAAUUAUGAUUGUACCUUUUCACUUAACACAUUCAAGAAAAACCCUUUUCCAUUUGAUAUC